AUGUUAUCGGUCCUUAGCGUGGCGUUUUGUGGAUCAAAUGAGGUCAUCCUUGCGAGGCGUGCCUUCCAAUGCUUGUGUUGCUGCAGCUCAACAGUUGAACAUCUCAACUGCAGCUUCCUCCAAAACAAAUACAAGUACUGUGUCCAGUUCGCAAAUUCAAGCACGCGCUACCAAACGAAUCGAAACUACCACUACGACGAGAAACUGAUCGAAAGCAACAUGUCUUCCAACCUCAUGGACACUGAGAAGGGCGGCGAGCAGACCCAAUACGAAGGAGAAUACACCGACGCAGUUCCCAAGUCGAAGUCGACGGGACAAUUCGGCAGCACAUCUGAGAACACCACCGAGGACUUCGCAUCCACGAGCGAAGGCGCGCAACAAAAAGCAGCCCGAGGCGAGAAGACGGUAGAAAACAUGCGAUAUGGCCAAACGAUCUCAGAAGGUGGCAUGAGCGGUUUCACGACUGGUCAAGAUGGUACGGCAGAGCAGGGAGGGUACGGCGGCGUCGAUGACAAGGCAGAGGAGGGCAGCGCAAAGGCUGAGCGAAAUGCUCAGGGCUAUGGUGGGAAGCAGGAUCACAACCGCGAGAUUGGUGCUUGA